AUGAAGGCCGGGAAGAGCGGACACAGAGUCUACGUGGGAAACAUCCCAGGGUCGAUGAGCAAGCAGGAUAUAAUAAAAACAUUUGAAGAAUAUGGAAAAAUCACAGAAAUCGACAUCAAAUAUAAUAGAAAUACAAACGGAACCAACUAUGCCUUUAUAGAAUAUGAAAAUUAUCGAAGUGCAGAAAAAACGAUUGAAAAAAAAAACGGACAGAAAUUAAAAGGGUAUAUGCUAAAGGUUGAAUACAGUAUUGACAAAAAAAAUAAGGAAGGAGGAGAUCUCCUUGGUGCUGGAAGAGAAGGAAUCUCAAAAGGAUUCAUGACGAACCUUCGAUUGCCAAAGAACAGAUCACAUUACAGAGUUGUCGAUGAAAUUACCAUCGCAGAAUAUGACAGUAGAGAAGGGAUGGUGCGGGCGGUUAAGACUUUAGAUCGAACUUUGUACAAUGCAAGGAGGAAGGUGUACGUGAGGGUUAUUAAGGACUUGCCGUAUGACGACUCAGAUGUGGAUGACUCCAUCGCGUAG